GUUGGCUGAAAGGUGUAAACACGCGUUGCAUUUAAGCGCAUAGAAAUGGGCGCAACUAAAAAUAUGGACCUCAUAGGCACUAUUGAGGAUGAUGCCGAGGUAGAAAAUCUGUCUGAAGACUCGGAUGCCGAAGUUGAAUAUCAGCCGACCAAGCUACGGCACAAAAAGGUGACCGAGUUUGAGAAGGGAUUCGAGUUCGUUUCCUCGGUGAAGGAGUACAAUCAGGACACUUGGGAUGAUCUGAUGAAAUAUGUCAAGCGCAAGGCACGUACAAAGACCGACGACAAAAUUGCCGCACGCCUGCAACAACGCGGUGGCGCCGAGGCUGUGGCCGCGGAGCAGAGCGACGAAGAGAUAGCGCUCUCCGAUGAUGAGCUAAAGCACGACAAUCUGCGACUGCGUGAAAAGAAACAGAGCAAGAACAAAAAGAAGAAAUCCGCCGAAGAUGACUUGGACGAGGAGGAAGGCGAAAAAAUGCAAUUCGAUGACACUGUGGAGGCCAACGAGCUAAUCACCUCGUUCUAUCAAAUGAAUCUGUCGCGUCCGCUCAUGCGCGCCAUCGGCGUGCUCGGCUACAUUUAUCCCACACCUAUUCAGGCGUCUACCAUACCCGUGGCGCUGCUAGGUCGCGACAUUUGCGGCUGUGCGGCCACCGGUACAGGCAAAACAGCAGCUUAUAUGCUGCCCACGGUGGAGCGUCUGCUUUACCGGCCACUAAACAACAAGGCUAUUACGCGGGUGCUGGUGCUGGUACCCACGCGUGAGCUGGGUGCCCAGGUCUACCAGGUGACCAAGCAGCUGUGCCAGUUUACCAGCAUUGAUGUGGGCCUUGCCAUCGGUGGUCUGGAUGUUAAGGCGCAGGAAACAGUGCUCCGUCAGAAUCCGGAUAUUGUGAUUGCUACGCCGGGUCGUCUUAUCGAUCACAUCAAGAAUACACCCAGUUUCAGCUUGGAUUCCAUUGAGGUGCUUAUUUUGGAUGAGGCCGACCGCAUGCUGGACGAGUAUUUUGCUGAGCAAAUGAAGGAGAUUAUCAACUCCUGCUGCAAGACGCGCCAGACGAUGCUCUUCUCGGCUACCAUGAGCGAGCAGGUCAAGGAUCUGGCCGCCGUCUCGCUGGACAAGCCCGUCAAAGUGUUCGUCAACAAUAACCAACAGGUGGCCUUUAAUUUGAGACAAGAGUUUAUACGCAUACGCGAGGAUAAGGAGGGCGAUCGUGAGCCCAUUUUGGCCAGUUUGAUUUGUCGCACUUUCCACGAUCAUUGCAUGGUCUUUGUGCAGACCAAGAAGCAGGCUCAUCGACUUCACAUUCUGCUCGGUUUGCUGGGAGUGCGCGCUGGGGAGUUGCACGGUAAUCUGACGCAGCAGCAACGUCUGGAGUCGCUUAAGAAGUUCAAGGAGGAGCAAAUUGAUGUGCUGAUUGCCACCGAUGUGGCGGCCCGUGGUCUCGACAUUGUGGGCGUUAAGACGGUCAUCAAUUUCGUGAUGCCUAUUACCACGGAGCACUAUAUACAUCGUGUGGGUCGUACGGCGCGUGCCGGGCGAGCUGGCAUCUCAGUAUCUCUGGCCGGCGAGAAGGAGCGCAAAAUCGUUAAGGACAUCAUUAAAAACGCCGAGAGCAGUGUGAAGAAUCGCAUCAUACCACCAGAGAUCAUUGAGAAGUAUCGCAAUAAGCUGACGGCACUGGAGCCCGAAAUACAAAACAUACUCGACGAGGAGCAGGCAGAACGUCAGCUGGCCAAAACGGAACAGCAGCUGUCUAAAACCGAACGUAAACUGCUAGGCCAACCCAACGAAAGACGCACCUGGUUCCAAACCAAGCAGCAGCGUGAGAAUGAAAAAGCUCGUCUAGCGCUCACCUCCAACGACGACGAGUCCAAGCCAGCGCCAGCAGCUGGUAAAGGGAAAUUGGCGGGUAAACGCAAGCGUCCAGAGUACGGCGGCGAUGGCGAGGACGGCCCACCAGUUAAGGAGCUAGACGCUAAGCGCAAAAAGAAGAAGAAGGAGGAGCCCAGAAAGAAAACACCAGAACAGCUCGCCAAGGAGCGCGCCAUGAAGGAAAUUGAAAAGGUUUCGCUGGUGCGCGCCAAAAUGGCGAAGCUACGCAAACGACCUGGCAAACUGGGUGCUGCCACCGAUGCCCCGAAAUAUGUUGGCUCUACCGGAGGCAAGCCCAAGCGACGUGGCGGACAAUCUGCCUUCACCAAUGAUCUAACUGAUGUCAGUCGCAGCGGUGCACUGCGUCUAAGAUCCGAGGCCAAUCGCCACAAGAAGAUGACUAAAAUUGCUGUUAAGAAGAAAACAAGCACCGUGAAGUUAACCAAUAAGGCGGGUAAAAACAAAUUUAACAAAGGCAAAAACUUUGGUGGUCCACGUUAUGCGAAAAAGGAUAAAAAGAAAUAGUACACAUACAAAUAAAACGAAAAAAUUAAAUAAUCAGCUUAAUUUACAUGUAAAUAAACAUGAAU